UCACGUUGAACAGUUUGUGUUAUUCUUGUUCGGCUGACAAUUAAUAAAAAAUGAGCAGCGCUGCAACAACCAAGAAACCAGUUCUUUAUUAUGCGCCACGCAGCCCGCCCUGCCGCGCGGUGCUGCUCACAGCCGCUGCUUUGGGACUCGAACUGGAUCUGCGCACGGUCAAUGUGAAGGCAGGUGAGCAUAUGACACCGGAGUUUCUGCUGCUCAACCCACAGCACACGAUUCCCGUGCUGGAUGACAAUGGCACCGUGGUGAGCGACUCGCACGUUAUCUGCAGCUAUCUGGCGGAUAAAUAUACCGGGCCGGACGUGGCACUGUAUCCGAAGGAUGCAGCACAGCGUCGUCUGAUAGAUGCACGCCUCUACUACGACUGCGGCCAUCUGUUUCCCCGGGUGCGCUUCAUUGUGGAGCCUGUGAUCUAUUUUGGUGUCACGCAGAUACCCGAGGAUCGCAUAAGCUACAUGCAAAGGUCCUACGAUGGCCUGGAGCAGUGUCUGUCUCAGGGCAACUAUUUGGCCGGCGACAAGCUGACCAUUGCGGAUUUAUGCAGCGUGGCAACGGUGUCCACGGCAGCAGCAUUUGCGCCCAUCGAUGCCGAAAAGUAUCCAAAGCUAACACAAUGGCUAAGCCAAAUGCAGGCGUUGCCCUAUUAUAAAACUAACAAUCAGGAGGGUCUGGAGCUGCUGGUCAACCUGGUCAAGGGUCUGCUGUCCCAGCGACAGAACUGAAUGGCCGGACAUCAAUCAAUAUGGACUAUAAUACAAUAGGCAUCUUUUUU